AUGUUUGUUCAGAGUGGGAUACAUGAAACAGGCUCUCUAAAGGCACAGGUUGCUGCAGGUUCAUUCGUCUCGGCGAGAAGAAAGCAAAAAGAAACCUGCUGCCAAGAAGAUAUGCUGUUGAGAAGCCAAAGAAGGUUAAAACUCCCAUCAAGAAGGCAACCAAGAAGUCAGGCAGGAGACAAGAAAGCUAAGCCUGCAGCUAAGAAAACCAAGUCCCCUAAGACUGACCGCAAAACCAAAGAAAGCAAAGACCGCCCAAGAAAGCAAGGUGGCAGCAAAGCAAAAAAAGGUCAAAACGCCCAAAAAGAAAGUCGUCAGGGAGGGCAAAGAAAAAGCCUUUAA